ACGCGGCCGCGGGGAUCCGUUCCGACGCGGCCACGUUGUCUUGCGCGCCCUGCGCGCCUGGCCCUGUGAGCCUGACCCGCGGCGCCCCUUUCCUGCCCCCAUCCCCCACCCCAACUUAACCGCUGGGCUCGGUAGGGCCGCAGUAUUCCCGCGUUCGCUCGGCGGAGUUCCGCGACACAGGGAGCGGCCUGGCCAACCGGGGACUCCGGCGCGCGGGCGCGUCUGGGACCCGGGCCCGAGAGGCGCCGCCCUCGGUCCGUCCCGCUUGUCUUCCCGCGCCGCCGAGGAACAGAGAAGCGGGCAGGGAACAGUGAGAGUUGAGCUCCCCGCAGAGCUCGGCGCCGGGGCCCAUGCCCGUGCGCCCCCGCGGGCCCGCGCCAUGGCCUCCGGGAGCGUGGCCGAGUGCCUGCAGCAGGAGACCACCUGCCCCGUGUGCCUGCAGUACUUCGUCGAACCCAUGAUGCUCGACUGUGGCCACAACAUCUGUUGCGCCUGCCUCGCCCGCUGCUGGGGCGCCGCGGAGACUAACGUGUCGUGCCCGCAGUGCCGGGAGACCUUCCCGCAGCGGCACAUGCGGCCCAACCGGCACCUGGCCAACGUGACCCAGCUGGUGAAGCAGCUGCGCACCGAGCGGCCGUCGGGGCCCGGCGGCGAGAUGGGCGUGUGUGAGAAGCACCGUGAGCCCCUGAAGCUGUACUGCGAGGAGGACCAGAUGCCCAUCUGCGUGGUGUGCGACCGCUCCCGCGAGCACCGCGGCCACAGUGUGCUGCCGCUCGAGGAGGCGGUGGAGGGCUUCAAGGAACAAAUCCAGAACCAGCUGGACCAUCUAAAAAGAGUGAAAGACUUAAAGAAGAGACGUCGGGCCCAGGGGGAGCAGGCACGUGCUGAACUCUUGAGCCUGACCCAGAUGGAGAGAGAGAAGAUUGUUUGGGAGUUUGAGCAGUUGUAUCAUUCCUUGAAGGAGCAUGAAUAUCGUCUCCUGGCCCGUCUUGAAGAGCUAGACUUGGCCAUUUACAACAGUAUCAAUGGUGCCAUCACCCAGUUCUCCUGCAACAUCUCCCACCUCAGCAGCCUAAUUGCCCAGCUAGAAGAGAAGCAGCAGCAGCCCACCAGGGAACUCCUGCAGGACAUCGGGGACACAUUGAGCAGGGCUGAAAGAAUCAGGAUUCCUGAGCCCUGGAUCACACCUCCAGAUCUACAAGAGAAAAUCCACAUUUUUGCCCAAAAAUGUCUGUUCUUGACAGAGAGUCUGAAGCAAUUCACAGAAAAAAUGCAGUCUGAUAUGGAAAAAAUCCAAGAAUUGAGAGAGGCUCAAUUAUACUCAGUGGAUGUGACUCUGGACCCGGACACAGCAUACCCCAGCCUGAUCCUCUCUGAUAAUCUUCGACAAGUACGAUACAGUUACCUCCAACAGGACCUGCCUGACAACCCUGAGCGGUUUAAUCUGUUUCCCUGUGUCUUGGGCUCUCCAUGUUUCAUCGCUGGGAGACAUUAUUGGGAGGUAGAGGUGGGAGAUAAAGCCAAGUGGACCAUAGGUGUCUGUGAAGACUCAGUGUGCAGAAAAGGUGGAGUAACCUCAGCCCCCCAGAAUGGAUUCUGGGCAGUGUCAUUGUGGUAUGGGAAAGAAUACUGGGCUCUUACCUCCCCAAUGACUGCCCUUCCCCUGCGGACACCUCUCCAGCGGGUGGGGAUUUUCUUGGACUAUGAUGCUGGUGAGGUGUCCUUCUACAACGUGACAGAGAGGUGUCACACCUUUACUUUUUCACAUGCUACCUUCUGUGGGCCUGUCCGGCCCUACUUCAGCCUCAGUUACUCGGGAGGGAAGAGUGCAGCUCCUCUGAUCAUCUGCCCCAUGAGUGGGAUUGAUGGGUUUUCUGGCCAUGUGGGGAAUCAUGGUCAUUCCAUGGAGACUUCCCCUUAAGAAGGUGAACUCAGGCCACAAGGGCUAUUGGCUCUAAUCCUUCCCUAGCCACAAGGCAUCUUGUCAUCUUGCCAAUUUCUGUCCCUCAAAGCUGGAUAUCCUUACCAUUUUUCAUGCCCUUGCAGUGGGAGAUGGGAUUUCCAUGUUCUCUACUGUACUUUUUCUUUUCCUCUGCGAAUUGUGAGUUGUAAUGAGAAAUACCAGUAUUUCCCAGAAAUAAAAACCAGAUGUCCUCCUCCAGUGUUUCACAUUUUUUGGUUUUACACAUGACUGGAGCAGACAAAGAAUAUGGAUAAUCUUUGAACUCAAAGAGCCACUCAAGACACUAACAUCUUCUUGGCUUGACCUGGCUUUCCCUGACUUAGCCCCACAUAGUAAUCAGGGCAUUUGCUAUCAGUUCUGCACUAGGGCUCCUUUCUGAUAACCUAGAAUGGAACUACAAGGCCUGUCAGCAUGGUUCCCUUUAUCCCACUUCUUCCUUCUUGGAAUAGUACUUUUACUCUGAUUUCCAGUCUGCCAUAUUUUUAUUAACUCCAUUAACAAGGCCUAUGUGUGUUUUGAUUACAGUUAUUUUACAACAGUGGUGAGAAAUGGCCCCAUCUCUAUUACGAGAAAAUAGUAUAACCAAUGUCUCUUUGUCUUUACAUCUUUUCUGAGGGCUUUGUUUGCUCUCUCCAUACUAAUGAAAGAUAUAGCCUGGUGCUGGGUGCACAUCAUCUAGGAUAAUUUUCUGCCCAUCACAGUCCACUGUUUGUAAAUCCUCUCUUUCUGACAUACUUGUGGACGGUGGUCACUCAUACACCAUCCCUGGAAGGGUUCUGGGGCAGUAUUCCAGGGAUUCAUUGCCUUUUUGCUGUCUUUUCUCCAUCUCCUUUGGGAGAUGACGGAACUGACCUUCCUAAUGUGUGUACCAUCAAGGGGUAGCUCCAUCCCCAUGGCUAUUGGAUCAUGAGACAUUCUGGAGUCAGAAGGCUAAGGUGUAUCACUUUGAGCAAGCCCCAUGUUGGUUCUUAGUCCUGCUUCUAUUUGGGUAUAUGCCGCACUGUUUAAAAAUAAAGUGAAUAUGGAUGUUUA